AUGCCAUCAUCCUCAACAAAGCCAAAACCGAGCCAGAACGCGUUAGCUAAAGAAGAUUACCCAAGAUUUUUUCUUCUGGUUCUUUUAUAUUUCUUGCAAGGUAUUCCUGUGGGGCUAACUUUUGGUACUAUACCGUUUUUAUUAAAAUCUAUAGCAAAGGAAACUUCUUUUGCUUCCUUAGGCUUCUUUUCAAUUGCAACAUACCCUUAUUCGUUAAAGAUUUUCUGGUCUCCCAUUGUUGAUUCCCUCUAUUUUAAGAAACUAGGUAGAAGGAGAUCUUGGAUAAUACCAAUUCAAUUCAUCUCUGGUCUAUUAUUAAUCAUCUUUAGUUAUGCUAUCAAACAUGAUUAUAUAUUCCCCGGAAUUGAUUCGCAAUUUAAUUUUAAUAAUAAUUCUGAUUCAGAUAAAACAUUGGAAGAUUAUGUAUCAAAUAUCAAUAUUAAUACUUUAACAUUUUACUUUGGUGUUUUAAUUUUCUUAUGUGCCACUCAAGAUAUAGCUGUAGAUGGUUGGGCUUUAACAAUUUUAUCUCAAAAAUCUAUUUCCUAUGCAUCUACUGCUCAAACAGUAGGUUUAAAUACUGGCUAUUUCUUAUCAUUCACAGUUUUCAUUGCAAUGAAUUCAAAAGAUUUUGCAAAUAAAUAUUUAAGAUCCACUCCUUUGGAACAUGGAUUGAUUAGUUUAAAUGGAUAUAUGAAAUUUGCUGGGAUUUUAUAUAUUCUUACCACGCUUUAUGUAAUGUUUUUCACAACUGAAAAUGUGAAAUCAUUACAUAAUGAGAAUAAAUCACAUCUACCAACUAUACUUAAUGAAAGACCUCCUGAAUUUAUUACAAUUGAGAAAGAACCUGAAUUUUAUUCCACUGACUCUUUAACUUCAAAUUCAAAUUCAAAUUCAAAUUCAAAUUUUAAAAAGGCCCUUUCAAAUAAUGAUAAUUUAUCAAAUAUUAAAUUAGUUUAUAAAAAUUUUUGGAAAAUAUUAAAUUUAAAAAAUAUUCAAAUUUUAUCAAUUAUUCAUCUUUUCUCUAAAUUUGCAUUCCAGUGUAAUGAAAGUUCAACAAAUUUGAAAUUAUUAGAAUUGGGGUUUAAAAGAGAAGAUCUGGCUGUUACUGUCUUAAUUGAUUUCCCAUUUGAAAUUAUUUUUGGAUAUUAUGUUGCCAAAUGGAGUUCAGAUGUUAAUCAUGAUUUAAGAAUUAAAGAUAACGAUUUAAGUUCGAAUAGUAAUUCUACUACAAAUACCAACAGUAGAUAUUACAGAUCAUCUUUAAUGGAAAGAAUAAAUUUGUUUUUAGUUGGCGAAUAUGGUGUACUUACCCCUUGGCUAUAUGGAUUUUUAGGUAGAUUGGUGGCAGCAAUAAUGGGUAAUUUUGUACUAUAUUUUUUCCCAGAAGAUGGAAUUAUUACCAAAAAGUAUUUUCUUCUAGUAAUCCUUCAACAUUUGUUGGGCUCUUUUAUGUCAACAGUGCAGUUUGUUAGUAUCAGUGCCUUCCAUUCGAGAAUUGCUGAUCCAAAAUUCGGUGGUACGUAUAUGACUUUAUUAAAUACCCUAAGUAAUCUAGGUGGUACAUGGCCAAGAAUUAUUAUUAUGUGGAUGAUUAGUUAUUUUUCAAUCUAUGAUAUGGUUCUUGAAAAAGAUAAUGUAGCUACUUUAGGCACAACAAUUAUUAGAGACGGUUAUUAUAUUACAAACAUUAUUUGUAUUGUUAUUGGUAUUAUUCUAUACUUUGGUUACUUUAAAUAUAUUAUGGGUAAAUUACAAAAAUUAAGAAUUAAUAUGUGGAGAAGCUAA